CUGGAGAAAGUAUAAAUGUUAAUCUUUUUCAGGUCCAACGCAGCAAAAAGUCUCCUCUCUGUCUCUUUCCUCUUUGCGUCCUUCUGAGGCUUGAAGCGAUUACCAUGGCAGCAUUUCUCGCGAGACGGCUUAUCGGUAACCGUUCGAGCCAGAUUCUCGGUACUUCGAGCUCUAGCUCCGGUGCGUUCAUUUCUGUUGCUAGGGCUUUCUCCUCCUCCACCACCCCGAUCAAAGCAACUCUCUUUCCUGGUGAUGGGAUCGGUCCCGAAAUCGCUGAAUCUGUCAAACAGGUGUUCACUGCUGCUGAUGUGGCCAUUGAUUGGGACGAACACUUUGUUGGUACUGAAGUAGAUCCUAGAACCAAUAGUUUCUUGACAUGGGAAAGUCUUCAAUCUGUGCUUAAGCACAAGGUCGGCUUGAAAGGACCAAUGGCUACGCCAAUUGGAAAGGGUCACCGUUCUUUGAACCUUACUCUUAGGAAAGAGCUUAAUUUGUAUGCCAAUGUUAGGCCUUGCUACAGUCUUCCUGGGUACAAAACUCGUUAUGAUGACGUUGAUCUCAUUACCAUUCGUGAAAACACUGAAGGAGAGUACAGUGGCCUCGAACACCAGGUCGUCAAGGGCGUGGUGGAAAGUAUUAAAAUUAUUACCCGUAAGGCGAGUAUGAGAGUUGCCGAGUAUGCCUUUCUAUAUGCCAAGACUCAUGGAAGGAAGAAAGUUUCUGCAAUUCACAAAGCUAACAUCAUGCAGAAAACUGAUGGCCUUUUCCUGCAGUGUUGUGAUGAGGUUGCUAGGAAGUACCCUGACAUAGAGUACGAGAAGGUUGUUAUUGACAAUUGUUGUAUGAUGCUUGUGAAAAACCCAGCACUUUUUGAUGUUUUGGUGAUGCCAAAUCUCUAUGGAGAUAUUAUCAGCGAUUUGUGUGCUGGACUUGUUGGGGGACUAGGAUUGACUCCUAGUUGUAAUAUCGGAGAGGAUGGCAUCGCCCUUGCUGAAGCUGUUCACGGCUCUGCACCUGAUAUUGCUGGAAAGAACCUGGCGAACCCGACAGCUUUGCUUCUGAGUGGAGUGAUGAUGUUGCGGCACCUGAAACUAAACAAACAAGCAGAGCAGAUCCACAGCGCCAUCAUCAACACAAUAGCUGAAGGAAAGUACAGAACGGCUGAUCUUGGAGGUACCUCAACGACAACAGAUUUCACAAAAGCAAUCUGUGAUCAUCUCUAAACACCCGUAAAAGCAUAAUUCUUUCUAUACUUACUCAUUCACCAUUGGAUCUUUCUCGUGAAUCUUCUCACUCCAAAAAUUUUCCACCUACUGAUCAUCUUCCAAAAGCCAAAACAAAGCAGGCUAUUGGCUUUUCACAUUAUUGAUUUUUGUUUUAAUUUACAUGCUAAGUUGUUGCACAGCUAUUUACUGGGGUGAGAUCCAUAACAACAGGAAGGUAUUUUUUUUGGUAACACAUUUACAAUUUGUAUCUUGCCUGAAGUGGUUGGCAUUUUGUGUACUCUUAUUCUUUAUGAAUCUUCAACGAAAAUAAUGGUGAAUGUCGUCACGUUUGCUCUCU